GACCAAUAAAAUUAAAUGGGUCCAGUAACUGGAAUGACUCCAGAUAAGAAAGCUGAAACACCAGGAGCAGGAAAAGCUGCAGGAUUAAGGCAGAUUUACAGAAUGGGAAGCUUGCCUGAAGCAGUUGAUGCUGCUCCACCAAAGGCCACUUUAGUGGACAGCGAAUCAGCAGAUGAUGAGCUCACAAACUUGAACUGGCUGCAUGAAAGUACUAAUCUUCUAACAAACUUCAGCCUUGGAAGCGAGGGUCUUCCAAUGGUUAGCCCUUUGUAUGACAUUGAGGGUGAUAAUGUGCCAUCUUUUUCACCAUCUUGCUACCAGAACAUGGAAAAAAAAUCAGCCACUUCCAAACCCCCUUAUUCCUUUAGUCUUCUCAUUUACAUGGCUAUUGAACAUUCUCCUAAUAAAAGCUUGCCAGUGAAAGAAAUCUACAGUUGGAUUCUGGAACGCUUCCCUUAUUUUGCUACAGCACCCACGGGGUGGAAGAACUCGGUCCGACACAAUCUUUCCCUGAACAAAUGUUUCCGGAAGGUGGAGAGAAGCCAUGGCAAGGUGAAUGGAAAAGGUUCAUUAUGGUGUGUUGAUCCAGAAUAUAAGCCCAAUCUUAUACAAGCGCUGAAAAAACAACCUUUUCCCUCAGCACUUGCAUUUUAUACCCCACCUGCAUCACCACCAAGUAGGCCAUCAUCUCCUCACUAUUUAACCUCAGUACUUAAGCAGAACCAUGGUCGAUCUCUCAAAGAAUCUGACAUUGAUGCUGCUACUGCCAUGAUGCUGUUAAAUACUUCCAUUGAACAAGGGAUGUUGGACUGUGAGAAUCCCCAGCCACUGAAGACAGCCAAGAAAAGGAGUUAUGGUAGUGCAUUUAAUCCUCACAGUUCAAUGAGUCUGCAAGAAAAUGAUUCUGCAGCCACCAAUAUUGAUCCAAAGAAGGAUCACAAUUACAGUGUUAGCAGUGUGGCUUCACAGCGCUGUGCAUCUAGAUCCAGCGUGUCUUCCUUGUCCUCAGUUGAUGAGGUAUAUGAAUUCAUCUCCAAGACCAGCCAUGCAGGAAGUGACAGCAGUGAAGGAUUUCACAGUGAAGUGGAUACAGACGUUGACUAUGAAGAUGACCCGCUUGGAGACAGUGGCUAUGCAUCACAACCUUGUGUAAAUACCUCUGACAGGGUUCUCAAGGAGUUAUGUCAAGAAAUAGAUGAGGAGCUGAAAGAGGCAGCUGGCUCUCUGCUCCACCUGGCUGGAAUCCACACAUGUUUGGGUUCCUUAAUAAGUACUGCAAAGGCCCACAGUAAGAAGCAGAGGAAAAAAUAGUUAUACCUGGUAGUGUGAAUAUAUACUUAUAUUUUUUUUAAGUGUGGCAAUACUCUUCUACUUUUACCCUUCACAAGGGAGAUCAAAGCCAUAAGAGGACUUGUUUGCUUUUUAUUUUUGGCGCUAAUUAUAGCUUGGCCUUUUUGUUUUUAAAUCAUUGGCUAGAAGAUUUUAUUUAAUCAUUUCAGAUUAGAGGAGAUGCCUGACUGGGGAAAACCCAAUGGUAUCCUUCUUAAUGGUGAUUGAUUUGAAUAUUUGAUUACUUCCUGAGAGAUGAAUUGGUUCAGAUGCACAUUAUGAAUAAUUUUGCUCUGUACUAACCCUCCACACACACUCAAGGGGAAAUAGCACCCAGGGUCGAGGGAAGACAGCUUUUCCAUCUCUUCCCAUAAUACAAAUAACUUUUACUGGUGAGACGGGUGAAAAGCUGCCAUUUUGUGUGUGUGUGUGUGUGUGUGUGUGUGUGUGU